UCGUUUAUCCGUAGGGUAAAUUGUUUAUCACUGAAAUAGUGAAAUAAAGAGAUCGCCUUUAGUGAUUAUAGAAUUAAUUAAUUAUCGAGGAGGCAAUGCACAAACGAAUACAAUUAACUAUAAGCAGUUUUAGAUGCCAGCAUGGUUGAGAUUUGUUGGUGAGCGGAAUGUUUUUACUCAUAGUAAAGAUUUGAAGACACCUUUUGUUAUGGAUGUAUAGCUGUUCACAUGGGAAAUCCAAGCAUUUAUUGGGAACUUUAACUGUAACCUAGACACCUGAAGAUGCCAUUUACCAAGAUGGCGAGAAUAGUUUUAGUGCUACUAUUUCUUAUGUAUACCAUUGACGAAUGCGCUACUCAGGAGUUUACUAGCCCGGCGUUUACUAGCCCCUUUCAGUCGGUAAGAGGUAAAUAUCAAGAUUUUAACUCAAAAGUGAUGGAUUUACAAGGUCAAUACUGUGGUAGAGUUUGUGAUAAGAAAUUUCAAUUCAGAGAGGGAAAUGAUAGAUGUGCUCCAUGUUUCUGUGACGUCGAUUGUUAUUAUUAUAAUGACUGUUGUCCAGAUAAACUGCUCUUUAACAAGAAUCUAAGCGACGUAACUCCCAGGAAGCAUGGAUGUAGAAAAAUCGUGUAUAGUUCAACCCCAGAGUUUUCAAAAGUCAUUGAUGAUUGUCCUAAAUUCUACAGCAACCAGGAAACGACAUCAAACUGCUAUAAUAAUGAUUCUUUACACUGGAAAUAUAUUAAUCCAGUUACAGAUCAGAAUACGAAACUAACCUACCGAAACAAAUAUUGCGCCAUUUGUAAUAAUGCCUCAGAUACUGUUAGGUGGUUAACGGAAACCAGUUGUCGAGACGACAGUGCCUAUGGAAACUUAGUGAAUACAGAGGAGAUUUACUUUUCUGUUUUAAACAGUAAUGUAUGUUCACUGUCCUUUAAGUCUAGCACCGCGGGGUUUCCAGAAAAGAGAGCCUGUUCUACCACAACGCCACCAGUUUAUACUAAAUGUAACGAAACGGGACGAUGGAUAUUCUACGAUCAAGACGUGGAAACUGCGUGUCUUUUGUACACUAACGUCGUCAUGGGAAAAUACGGAAAUUUAUUCUGUCGACUGUGUAAUGAGCGGAUUACUUGGCAAAAUCUCGAGAUGGAGCCCCAAGAGAGGGUCGAAUUUGGAAGACUGAGCCUGGCCACGUUGUUGAAUCUUGGAGAUGAAGGAGACUCAACGAGAACAAGAUCAAGAUCCUCAGUUCCAGAUAAAGAAUGUGGUGUGGAUGAAGUGAUGGAUCCCAAAUCGUGCGAUUGUCGAGAAAAGAUAUGUUCUGAUGGAGAAGUUCUGGAAAAUGGUACAUGUCGAUCCAUAUUUCUAAAAUCUAAUAACAUUGGGUAUAAUAUAUGUAUUCAUUUGAAAGGAACUUUUAACAUGCGCGGUCAAAAUGUUAGUCCGGAAAACAUCUUAGUAAAAUACAGAAACGAAAAUUUUGUGUCUUUUGACUCUGAUACAGACACGGUUGUGGAUCAAAGUUUCACACCCGUUUUAGUGAUUCGCUGCGGAGAGGAGUUGGUGCAUAUUGAAGCUGAUAUAUACGUGAAAUUACUUUUUGAAAGUCCAGUGAACUCCGACGAUAAACAAAUUGAACUUUUGAAAACUGUUCACAAUUUUGGGCCUGAAUCAUCAACAAAUGGAUUUAGUAUGGAAACCACCCUGGGAAACAUUUGUCACAAACCUCAACCUGAAGUUCAAACUUUUCCCGUGAAAUCUAAUUGUUCUUUAAUAAAACCAGUUGUUCUUUUUGAGGCCAUACGCAUUAGAGAUGAAGUCGCAGACAUUCUGCCUAGUAUCCAAUUCCUUCAACUAAAUAAACUGAUGACGUGUGUCCAUGUUUCACUGAAUUCAACGGAAGUUGCGCAUAACCUCACCGACAACUCUCUGACGUUAUUACGUAAUAAUCUAACAUUAACAGAGGGCGAAUAUAAAUCGCGCGAUGAACAAUUUCUCGUGUGUUUGGAUGAUUACCUCAACGGCACUUCUGUAGAUUAUUGUAAACCAAUUAUUGGUAACCAGACAGCAGCUUGGACGCCAUUAGGCAUAACUUCCGUCGUAUGCACGUGUAUUUCGUUGUUGUUCCUCAUUAUAACUUUCAUUUUUUAUUGCGUUAUUAAAAGCUUACGAAAUGUGGUCGGGGUCAAUGUAAUGGGAUUGAUAGUGACUCUGAUAUUUGCUCAGGUCUUCUACGAGUUCGGAUUAGAAAUGACAGAUUACCAUAACCUUUGUCAAGCCAUGGGCAUCCUUAUUCACUAUUUUUGGUUAUCGGCCAUAUUUUGGAUGAAUGCUUGCACUUUGGUUUUAUUUCUGAAACUAUCUUUCCCACUAGAAUCUCGCGGUUUUACUACAGGGCAGAUAUUUAGAAGAUCCUGUGUCUAUUCAACUCUAUCGCCAUUAAUAAUUGUGGGUAUUACCCUUGGGAUAAACUAUGGUAUGGAUGGUAAUUCUGGUUAUGGAGGAGCCCAUAGUUGUUAUAUAAGAAGCGUCAAUGAAAGACGAUUUGCCUUUGCCUUACCACUAGGACUCUUGGUUCUAAUCAACAUCGUUUUGUUCAGCUACACAUUUAUUAAAAUCAGAGCCACGCAGAUGGAAUCGGCCAUCAACAGAGAAAAUAAAAUUAAUAUUGUAGCGUGUUUAAAACUCUCUGUUAUUACAGGAGCUUCGUGGAUUUUCGCUUUCGUGUAUGAAGCAACCGGCGCCAUUGUGUUUGCUUAUCUUUUCACCAUUCUUGUUGGCGCUCUUGGCCUCGUUUUGUUUAUCGCUUUCAUUGUAAACAAACGAGUUUGCCAGAUCUGCGUAGAGAAAGUUCGUGGAAGCGAUUACAGUCAAUCAUCAAGCGCUUCUAAACAGAAGAAAUAUUUAGUAAAGUCAUCCGGUGAAAGUCCACUUCCGAGCCUCUCAAAGGCCAGAUCGGUUAGCGACCCAGAAAGUGAGGCCAGUAUCAAGACGAGAAUGACUAAAGGUGAAACUGAAGAGAACCAAUUUUAAGACGUGCACAGACUAAAACUGGGCAUCGUUGUCAAUCAAUGUUCCCGUGAUACACUGGAAAUAUAUAGUAUAUAUAGCAACGUCGUGAUAGGCUACACUGGAAAUAUAUAGUGUAUAUAGCAACGUCGUGUCAGAUUCUUGGAAACCCAACUUAGAGAACUAUAUAACGAGGCCAUUGUUUUCCCAGACUCUCUGAACAGGUGAACACUCAUCAACCUAGAUUGUUCAAAUAUUACAGAAUAUUGUUAAACUCCUAUAUAGUAUGGAAUAUUUUUAUUAGUGGCAUUUAUUAAUUGAACUGGAAUAUACAAGACACAAUUCCAUGGAAUACAAUUAGCGACGUUUCGACUGUAUUUCUCCAGUUUUCAUCACUGUAAUAUAAAAAUAUUAGGUAUCGCUGUCUAUUAGUGAAACCCAAAUACAGUCGGUGGUCUGGAUGGUUAUAUGAGCUUUAUAUACACGUGCACCAUAUUAUCAAUAGUGGUAUUUGAUAGAAAUCGAGACUACUGACCACGACUAUAGACCAAAUGAAAAUUAAUAUUUGAUUCUUUAUGUUUGAGCAGAUAGCAGUUUGUUGCCAAACGGUAAAUAGAAGAAACGUUACCCGCCUCAACUGAGUGUCUAAAUAAGCGGGAUGCAUAUAAUAUGCACGCGUUGGUGAAAUAAACCAAUAUUAUAACCAUGUUUUUAUUUAUUUUUCUUAUAUGAAUCUCAUUAAAAUGGAUAAUACGUCGAAAUUAAAUAGUGCGGCAUUGAUUUUAGUUAAAAGCUGGCGUUUAUGUGGGGAGGGCCAGGCCCCACAAGUGUGAAGAGGCACAAAAUGCAAUCUUAUAAUACCCGUAAUUAAAUAAUAUACCCCAACUUUUAUCAGAUUUAUAUUUCUACUCAAAUAUAGCUGACAACAUUAAAAGACGUUAUUUUUUACUUGUUACAUCAUUUAUUCGUUACAAUUACUUAAUAUAUUUCAUUUAAUUGCAAUUUACUGAAACUUAGUAAAAUAGGCUGAAAUUAUGACUAUUCGUGAGGCGGACACCCAUCGUGUCAUUGUCCCGGGCGCUGCUAACCCUUGUUACGUUGUUACGCCACUGGAAGAAUAUUUUGUGUUUUAUCUGUUAUAAAGACUGCUUAUUAUUUUAUUUCGUAUAUUUGCCAUCCAAAUGUACAUAAUCAUAAUAUAUUUAAAUAUACAGCACCUUUUUUUAUUUCUAAUUUUUUUAGAUAUUUUAUGAGAGUUCUAUUCUACACUGUUUUACACUUUUUAUCAAUGUUUCUUUAUUAUGUUUUUUUUUCUUCUUUGUGAUUUUUUUUCAAAGAAAUAAAUUCCUUUACCUAUC